GACCACCUGUCUAAACUAUGACCACUAGAGUGUGCUCUGGUAUUUAGAAACGAUGAUUUAGAAAGGCUAUUCCUGAAAACAAGGCUGACAGAUCUGAAAUUAUGCGGAACUUCUUUAGUUCUCCUUUGGGAACUAAACAGGAUAACACUCGUGUCUCGAUCAGAGCAGUCUCCUUUACUCUGUUAAUGUUUAUUGACAGUCUGUCUGGAAAUGUAAGAGACAUUUUGUCAACUGUCGUAAAAUGUCGCAAAGUGAUACAGUCACUUCUAACGGCCGGUCGUGAUUUGGCGCCCUCGCGCGGCGCUGGGUGAAAGUACUGUGUUGAAGCGAAGAGAGACGACCUGCUGGGUAAACAAGAGUGGAUGCCUCGAAAGGCAGGAAUGGCAUCUUCUUCGAGGGCUAGUAGUGAGACAUUUCUAUUCUGACGAACAGAAACAGAACAGAGAGGUCGCGCUGUCUGUAAAGAAUCGUCAGGAUUCAGUCGGGAGUCAAAAUGGCUGAGUAUAAUCGGGUAUUUAAUGAGUGAAGUGGAGCUAGCCUUUAUGUUAGCUUAGCUCGUAGCCAUCCUGGGCCCUUCGAUUUUGCUCCUCGGAUCAGCUCGGGUCUGUGUUGUCAGUAUCACAAUCCCCAGCAGCUAACGUCCUCGGAUUGCGUUUUUUUGAUGCAGGCCUGCCAAGUUGCAGUCAGGUUUAACGUAGAGAAAACUGCCCUUUUUCAAAGCUUGUCAUUAUUAACACAGGAUUCAACCUCACAUGUUACAAAAAGGACGGUGACACAUUCUGAAAAAAGGACUUAAACGCAGGGUUGUGAGAUGCGGCUGACAGAUGCUUAGGAAUUGAUGCAAAUGCACACAGUGUUUGCCCCUUGAGGACGAACCUGCCACCAUGAAGAGUGAGGUGCCGUCUGAGGCCCCCAGCAGACAGGAGCAUUUGAAGGAGCCACUGGUGAAUCCUGAGUCCAUGGAGGCGGCCAAGAGCUUCCCCGGCAAUAUGGAGAUGAUUGGGAAGGCGGGCAGCGACUUUGAAACUCUUUGUGAGUCCCGGCAUCUGCCUCUGAGAGACACAGGAACACACAGAGACUCGGAACGGAGCCUCCCUGGGCGCAGGAAAAGAAAGGGCCAACAGGCAGGGCCUUCAGACUGCUCGCUGAAGGAGGGCCACAUUAGUGAGAGUUCACUGGCCCCCCAGCGUCCCCGGGUAGAACUUUUACAGCAUCCCAGUGAGGAUGAACAUAAUCACGAGUCCUCUUUUAGUGACUGUGCUUCGUCCCCAUCCUCUAGCCUGCGAUUUGGUGACUCAGACACUCUUAGCUCAGAGGACGAGGGGGAGGCUGGAGCAACAGGGGGCCAGCACAAGGCUCCUGCCCUGACAACAGGAGGAGCUACCGGAGUCGGCCUGCGCCCUGUUCUGGGUCGACCUCGGGGGAAUCGCUCUCAUAAGUGGGUGCGGUCUGAGGCCGAACCCGUCCUGCUGAAGAGGCAAUGUCUGAGCAGCCGGCGGCCUCUGCAUAGGAAACGCUUUGUGAAAACAGCUCCUGGAGGGGGUCAGCGGACUCAGAAGCAAAAGGAGCGACUACUACUGCAGAGGAAGAAACGUGAAGUUAUUGCACGUAGGAAGUACGCUCUCCUCCAUAGCACCAGUAGUUCUAGCGAGGAGCUGAGUAGUGACUCGUCCUCCCACUCCUCUACCGAGGCAGAAGAUGAGCUGUAUGUAGAUGUCAGCAGCACCAGCAGCCAGCCCAACAGUGCUACUGUUGCCACAGGUGCUCUGGACGAGGAUGUGGUGGUGAUUGAAGCAACUCCAGCCCCUGCUCCUGUUGUCCCUGCAAGUGAAGAAAUCAAUGUCACCUCAACAGACAGCGAGGUGGAGAUCGUCACAGUCGGGUCGCGCUCAGUGGGAGGUCUCAGCAGAAUUUGGGCGAAUAGUUGCUCCCAGAGUCGACUGCAGGAGCCUCGAGGACGUCACAGACUCUCCACCGUCAUCCAACCGCUGCGUCAGAAUGCUGGGGAGGUGGUGGACCUCACAGUCGAUGAAGAUGAUCUCUCAGUUGUGCCAACGACCUCUGGCAACAUUCACCCCCAAACAGUCAGGUCGUCCUCGUCAUCAUCUUCCCAUCAUGCCUCUACCUCAGAGCUCAAUGAUGCCCCAGGCCCUUCCUCUAGCUGCCCAGGCUCAAUACCUGAAAGUAUGCACACACAGAGGCCGAGUGGCUCCUCUCGCACAGCCACAGAGGAUGACAGCAGACCAGGUUUGUCAGCGACAGCUGGAGAAAACGCAGGCACAGCCAUGCCUAGACUGCCAUCCUGCUGUCAGCAGCACUCCCCAUGUGGAGGCCCCUCCCCUGGUCACCUGUCCCUGAGCCACUCCCAUUCAAGCUGCCUGCAAGCAUCGUCCUCCCAGCAGACCGGCGGCCAUACUCACAGCCAUAGCCACAGCAGUGCUCACCACUUCAUCCACCAUGUCCAUCACCCAGCGCCGCAGCCCCCUGGCACCUUGCCCUUCCAAGAGCCGAGCUGCCCCGUGGAGCGACCCAGUGCUCUGCCUGCACCCUGCGCUGUGGUCAGCAGCAGCAACAACAGUAGUAGCAGCAACCCAGCCCACUACCAUGACCAGCAAACUCUGCCAGUGGACCUGAGCAACAGCAGUGUUCGGUCUGGUGGAAACAACGGGGCUAGUUUCCAUGGCAGCACCUCGGCCUUUGACCCGUGCUGCCCCGGCUCCACGUCACGGCCUCCUGCUUACGUUUCCCAGGCCACUCCCGGGCCCAGCCAGCCAGCUGUGGUGGAUUCGUUCGGCUCCUCCAUGGUGGCUCAGCCCCAGCCGCAAACGCAACCCCAGCCCUGCAGACAUUACAUGCACCCCUCCUACGGCCCUCUGGCACGCUCGCUGCAUCAUCAGCCCUCCUCUGCUUGCCCUCACUCCCACGGGAACCCCCAACUCACACCUCAGCCCCCUCCACAGGGCGAUUAUGUCAUCCCCCACACUGUCACCUUUCAUCCACCGCUGUCAUCCCACCCUUCUGGCCACGCUGUGCCCCCUGCCCCUCCCCCUCCUCUCCACCUCUCUAGUUCAAGUGCCCCGCUGGCCCAGCACAUGCCUGCAGACCACCAGACCCUGCCUCACCAUAUACCGGCGCUGGGGGCCUCGGUGCAGAGGCUCCAUCAACAUGAGAUGCUGCAGAGGAUGGAGGUCCAGAGGCGCAGGAUGAUGCAGCACCCUACACGAGCACAUGAGCGUCCGCCUCCACACCCACACAGAAUGCACCCAAACUACGGCCAUGGACACCACAUUCAUGUGCCUCAAACUAUGUCUUCCCACCCUCGCCAGCCUGAGCAGAGGACAGCCUGGGAGCUCGGCAUUGAGGCUGGAGUGACCGUGGCACCGUUCCCUUCAGGGCACCUGCACUCCCACCUGCCUCACUACCAUCCUCCCCCCAGACUGCACCACUUCCCCAUCCCCUUCAUGCACACUGGCAUAUCUGAAGUGACCUACCCGCACAUUCGGUACAUCUCAUCUAGAAUGACUGGCUUUGGACGAACCUAUGAGGACCUGCUCCAUUUAGAGGAACGAUUGGGGACUGUGAACCGAGGAGCCUCUCAGGGAACCAUAGAGAGGUGCACUUAUCCACACAAGUACAAAAAGAAGGUGUUGGAGAGAGACAUUGACCAACAGUUAACCCCUGAAGCUUGGGCAUCUAUUGGGAAAAAUAUGCACGCAACCCCAGAAUCGAGAAAGCUGCAUGGUAAGCAAGACGAAGAUGAAGGCGCAGAUGAAGACACAGAGGAGAAAUGCACCAUCUGUCUGUCGAUACUUGAGGAGGGAGAGGAUGUCAGACGCCUUCCAUGUAUGCACCUCUUCCACCAGCUGUGUGUGGAUCAGUGGCUCCUCACCAAUAAGAAGUGCCCCAUCUGCAGAGUGGACAUUGAGGCGCAGCUGUCUGCUGAGAGUUGAUGCUGUUGUUUUUUUUUCUAACACCCCUUUUGUUGAAAGAAUUUAUUUUGAGAUCAGUUUAAGUUUUCUCUUCAGUACUGCAGUCAACCAAAGAUGGCAUGAAUUACCUGCGCAGCUCUACUACGAGAAAAUUCAAAAACAAAAACAAAAAAAAUCCGACAAAAAAGCAUUGAGCCUAGAGUGCCAGCUUUCACAUAUUACUACAACAGCUAGACUUCUCCAUUAAGGGUUUAAGAUUUUAUUGUAUUUAUAAAGCUUUUAUGUAGCUUUCGAUUGUUUCCUCAAGUGUCAUUUUUUGUUUCGUCUCUCUGCAUGUCUCCUUGCAAUGCAUUUCUUUGCACAUAUAACGUGGGCUCAACACGGCCUAACAACUUGCAGGUGAGGAAAGCUGCUCUAGUAAAGAUGCAUUUCUGUAAACCUAAUGCCUUGCUUUACUAGAAUAGAAUGUCAGCCUCCAGUUUAAAAAAACAAACAUUGCAGGAUUCAUUUUACCGGUCAUUGUAUUGAUUAGUUUAUGUUUAGAAGAUGUGGAUUGUUAGUGAAAGAUGUUUUUUAAGUAAAUCAAAACAUUCCUAACUAGGGAAAUAUGUUAACAGAUCAGCUGCUGUAUUAGUGCACACCCAGUAUUUUCUAGAGUGGAAAUAAAACUCCAAUGUUCACCUCACUCCCAGAAUAUGCACAUGCUUUGCUACAAUAACACCUCCCUCCAGCACCUUCAUUCGACUAGAAACACCGUCAUCACCACCAUCAGAUGUAUUUUAGAGAACAAGUAAAAGAAUGUCUCAUCCCUCUCUCGACUGUUCUUUCUAAACUGAGCGAUUGUUGGAUCUGCUGUGAAUCUUCUCCUUUCUGUUCAUAACAGCCUGUGACGGUUCAAUAAGUGUGUUUUAUGAUUUCAGGUCUGCAUGUGUGUGAGAAAUCUCUCAGAAGCCUAAGACCUGGGAUUAUUAUUUUUCAUUUUGAUACAGGCAGUGGCAUUUACUUUUAUUUCCUGUGUGUGUGCGUGAGUGUGCGCGUGUGUGUGUGUGUUUGUGUUCAGAGGGAAAUACACAGCUCAAUUUGGAGUAAAUAUUUACUGGUUGUUCUCACACUUCGAACUAUUUUUAUCCACCCUUCCUUUUUGUCUCUCUGUGGUCGAGCAGCGGCGUCCAUUUUGGCUGCUGCGAGAAAAAAAAACAAAAAACACUAAUACUGUUGACUAACUCACUCGCAUAGACUUGCACAAGAGAGAAAAGGGUAGGAGAGUAGUAGUGACUAUGACAGUGCACUGAGGCCAUGUAUUUCCACUCUGUUGAGCAUCAAAAAAUGGAUUAAAAAAAAUAUAUUUUGAAUGGAGUGUUGAAAUGCAGUACUUAAAGCAGGUAUCCAUGCAUUCAUUGACUUAAAGGCACCAGGAUCAUAUUCUGUGGGAUUUAUAUUAGUUUUAAAAAAUAAUAUUAAUAAACUUGGAUAACUCUUGA